UCCUGACUCUUGGACUGGGGAGCGACGAGCUCGCGAGUUUCGAAAUGAGGUGUGCAUUCUGAAUCUUGUGAGCUUGAAGCGGAGCCCGAUCGAAUACAGUUACAAAUUGUCAACAAACUGAGGACAUGGCAGCUGUGGUAGCAGGGCUGCCGCUUCUUGUUGUCGCAGAGAGGCGAGAUUUCACCGUAGCAAGAGCUUCGAGGCCCUCGGGGUGUCGAGAAUAUGGAUUUCGCGUGGACUGGAAUAGGCGUCGAAAUUCUGCGCCAGGGAUUUGCUUCUCUCUGCAAUCUCCGAAAGAAAAAAAGGGAUUUGGUGCACCUCUGAAGAAGAAGAGCGGUGCUUUGGAGAAGAAAUCUGGCGAUGACGCCGGGAAAGUGUCAGAUUCUGGGAGUGAGAGAAGCGCGCUAGAGGAGGUCGAUGAUGAUGUCGUACCGGAGGUGGUCACCAAUCGUAUGUUGAAAAGAAUUGCUUUGACUGUGGGAGUUCCUCUAGCCGUCGGUGUGCUGUUCUUUCCUCUGUUUUAUUACUUGAAAGUGGUGAAGAAAGUCGAUGUUCCCGAAUGGCUGCCUCUGCUAACAUCGACGCUCACCUUCGGAACAGCCGGUUUUGGAAUAACAUACGGCGUUCUCUCAGCGAGUUGGGAUCCUGCCAGAGAAGGAUCGUUAUUGGGAUGGAAGGAAGCACAGCUCAAUUGGCCAGUUUUUCUAGAGACGGUUCAAGGCAAGAAGGAUAAAAAGUAGAGAACAAUAUGAAAUUCUCACUGUAUCAUACGUAGAGUUCAACGACUGUCAAUGCAUCGGGCUCAUUGGGUCCAAAUCUCAAAUUGAGUGAAGUGAUUAUGCUCUUAGGGUGUG